UUUUUCUGGACGCGACAUCCUAACUGGAUUUUAACUGCUCUUUGAUUUCUACUCCCAUGGCUGAUCUUUUCUCAUUCCUUGACAAUGUUCCCGACGAGCCUAUUGAUGAGUCUGCGAUUGAAAGCAGUGCCAUGCCGGUCGAUACGCCAGAAUCCUCAGUGAAAAAACGAAAGGCCGAAAUCAUUGAAAAUGGCGGUCCAGAUAUGAACGGAGUGGAAGAAGAACCAGCAGGGAAAAAACCGCGUCUUGAUGCACCGAAUCCUGUUGUUCUGGACGAUUUUGAGACAGAAGCUAAGCGCGAAGUAGCUGCGAGUGCUGGACUGCAAGGAAGCGUCGAGGCAGGUCGACUUGAGCUUCGGCAUCAGGUGCGUCAUCAAGUGGCAGUACCACCGGGAUACAAUUAUACGCCAAUAACGAAGCAUGUACCACCCGCAAAACCGGACCGGGAGUACAAAUUUGAGCUGGAUCCUUUCCAAAAGGUGUCCGUGUACGCUAUACAGAGGAACGAGAGUGUCUUAGUGUCGGCACAUACUAGUGCUGGAAAGACAGUCGUUGCCGAGUACGCUAUCGCUCAGUGUCUGAAUAGAAAGCAGCGAGUUAUCUAUACCAGCCCCAUCAAGGCCUUGAGCAAUCAAAAAUACCGUGAAAUGCUGGCUGAAUUUGGCGACGUGGGACUCAUGACGGGAGAUGUUACCAUCAAUCCCACUGCAACAUGUCUGGUGAUGACCACAGAGAUUCUCAGGUCAAUGCUCUACCGUGGCUCCGAGAUCAUGCGCGAAGUAGCUUGGGUCGUAUUCGACGAGAUCCACUACAUGCGCGACAAGGAGCGUGGCGUCGUGUGGGAAGAGACGAUUAUCUUGCUUCCGCAUACCGUUCGCUACGUUUUUCUUUCUGCAACGAUACCAAAUGCAAUGCAAUUUGCUGAAUGGAUAUGCAAGUCGCAUGAUCAGCCAUGUCACGUCGUGUAUACGGAUUUCCGGCCGACACCAUUACAGCACUACCUAUUUCCCGCUGGUGGGGAAGGAAUCUACCUGGUUCUCAAUGAAAAGGGAGAAUUUAAGGAGGAUAAUUUUAGUAAGGCGAUGGGCCAACUGCAGGCCAACGCGGGAGAAGAUCCGGCGGACCCCCGUGGCGGUAAGGGAAAGAAGGGAAAGACCAAGAAGGGAGGAGAAAAGAAAGGUCCCUCGGAUAUUGCCAGGAUAGUGAAGAAGAUCAUGCAAGGCAAUUAUCACCCCGUCAUCGUCUUCUCCUUCAGCAAGCGUGAUUGCGAAGCCCAUGCACUAUCAUUAACCAAAUACGAAUUCAAUUCUCAGGAAGAACAAGACUUAGUGAACAAUAUAUUCACGAACGCUAUAGACAAUCUCUCUGAAGACGAUAAACAGCUCCCGCAGAUAGUUACCUUCCUACCUCUCCUACGACGAGGAAUUGGUAUCCAUCACAGCGGACUUUUACCUAUCUUGAAAGAGGUCAUCGAGAUCUUAUUCCAAGAGGGUCUGAUCAAGGUCCUCUUUGCGACAGAGACAUUCUCCAUCGGAUUAAAUAUGCCUGCUAAAACUGUUGUGUUCACUGGAACACGCAAGUUUGACGGACGCGAACAGAGGAGUAUAUCGUCGGGAGAAUACAUCCAAAUGUCCGGACGUGCUGGGCGGCGAGGCUUGGACGACCGCGGAGUGGUGAUUUUAAUGUGCGACGAGAAGCUGGAACCGGCAACAGCAAAGGAAAUGAUUAAGGGCGAAGCGGAUCGCCUUGAUUCGGCGUUCCAUGUGGGAUAUAACAUGGUCAUGAACUUGAUGAAAGUGGAGGGCAUCAGUCCGGAGUAUAUGCUCGAACGGUGUUUCUUCCAGUUCCAGAGUAGCGCUGGUAUUCCACAGUUGGAGAAUGAGCUGCGGAAGGAGGAAGAGGCGCAUAAAGCCUUCGUCAUUGAAGAUGAGGAGCUCGUGGCGCAAUACUACGAGUUCCGACAACAGCUUGAUCAGAUGAGAGGGGAUUUCAGAGAGGUGAUCACUCAUCCCACGUACGUGUUACCAUUCCUGAAGGCCGGUCGACUUGUCAAAGUCAAGUACAAGAACCUGGACUUUGGAUGGGGAGUUUUCAUCAAUUUUGAGAAGCGCUUGCCACCGAAAAAUCGGCCGAUGCCUAAAGCAGACGAGGUCCCUCCUCAAGAGCAGUAUGUUCUCGACGUUUUACUCAAUUGCGCGGCUGGUAGCAGUAUUUCCAAGGACCGGUCGAAUAUUGCAGCUACACCGGGAGGCGUACUGCCAUGUCCACCCCAUCAGAAGGGUCAACCGCUAGUCGUUCCCGUGCUUUUAUCAACGAUUGAAGGGAUUAGUCACUUGCGGCUAUACCUUCCCAAAGAUUUGAGAUCUUCCGAGUCUAGGGAUACCCUUUGGAAGAGUGUAGGUGAAGUACACCGGCGUUUCCCAGACGGUGUACCACUUCUUGAUCCUGUGCAGAAUAUGGGGAUAAAGGACGACAAGUUCCUCGGUCUCGUGAAAAAAAUAGAAGCCAUGGAAAACCAGAUGUUCAAAAGCCCUCUCCAUAAUGAUAAGCGACUACCAGAGCUGUUCACACUGUAUUCCAAAAAGCGGGAUGUGCAGGAUCGGAUAAGAGGGCUGAAGAAGCAGAUACAGAGUACGCAUGAUGUGUUGCAACUGGAAGAACUCAAAUGUCGGAAACGUGUCCUUCGGCGACUGGGUUUUACGACGGCCGAAGAUAUCGUCGACGUCAAGGGCCGGGUUGCGUGUGAGAUUUCUACAGGGGAUGAACUACUGCUUACGGAGCUCAUAUUUAACGGCGUCUUUAAUACGCUGGAGCCUGAGCAGUGUGCGGCAUUGCUGAGUUGCUUCGUUUUUGAUGAAAAGAGCGAGCAACAGACAAAAUUGAAGGAGGAACUAGCUGCUCCGCUUCGCAUCAUGCAGGAGAUUGCGCGGCGGAUAGCGAAGGUGUCAAAAGAAUCAAAGCUUCCGGUGGACGAAGACGCAUACGUCUCCUCCUUCAAGGUGGAGCUCAUGGACGUGGUUAUACAGUGGUGUCGGGGAGCGUCUUUCUCUGAGAUAUGCAAACUAACUGAUACGUUCGAAGGAAGUCUUAUUCGCGUCUUCCGGAGACUAGGUGAGCUCUUGCGACAGAUGGCUCAAGCUGCCAAGGUCAUAGGAAAUGCGGAGCUCCAGAAAAAGUUUGAAAAGUCGUCAGAAAUGCUGGAAAGGCCCAAUUCUGUGAUUUUCUGCUCGUCGCUCUACCUGUAGACUGUAUGUAUCGAACCAUCGUAAUCUUUGAUCUAUAGCGCUGAGUGAUCAGGCCGAGACAUCCGAUCCCCUUCAGAAACAUUAGGGUCCCUAUGUAU